AUGAAGCACUUUCUUUGCUGUUUGUACCAUUCUCAUUUCUCAUUCUCCCCUUUCUUCUUCAACCUUUCUUAUCUCCUUCUCUGCUCUCUCGCAUUUCUUCUUCGUCUCAACUAUUUCAUCAGCUCAGCUCUGGCUUCCUCAGCUUCCAUUCUCUCUGCCCCUGGAGCUCAGCUCCACACCUCAUGGGGCCCCACAAAACACCCCAAAAGACCCAACUUUUUCUUCAUUUCAACCCCUGAAUUUCCCAAAUUCUUGCAAAGCCCCUCACUUUCUUCUUCUUCUUUCCCUCAUUCCCUCCAGUUACCUUCCCUGCAUACCCCAAUUCCCCUCCACCUGCACCCUUUAUCCGACUCCACUGAUGAGAAUUUCACUGAAAACCUUCAAGAUAUGGCCAAUUUGCAGACUAUCCCAAGUGGGAUUUCUCAGGUUUUGCCCAAAGAAGUAGUAAAUGGGAGGGAGAGAGUUUUUAUCCGGGACCCACCGUGGAUUUCGGCAUUUUUGAUGAAGAAUUUUUAUUUUAAGGCCAAGAUGAAAAAUGGGUUCAAGUUGGAAUUUCAAGAAAUUGAGAGGAGGAAGUAUCAGGUUUUGAGGAGGAGGCAGAUUCAGGCUGAAACUGAGGCUUGGGAGAAGAGGGUGGAGGAGUACAGAGAAUUGGAGAGAGAAAUGUGUGAGAAGAAAUUAGCUCCUAAUUUGCCUUAUAUGAAGAAAUUGUUCUUGGGAUGGUUUGAGCCAUUGAGGAAUGCCAUAGAGAAGGAGCAAAAGGCUGAAAAAAGCAAGAAAAAAGCAGCUUUUGCACCUUUUAUUGAUUGUUUGCCUGCUGAUAAAAUGGCCGUGAUUGUGAUGCAUAAAUUGAUGGGAUUAUUGAUGACGGGAGACAGAGAUGAGAGGUCUGUUCGCGUUGUCGAAGCUGCUGUCCAGAUUGGGGCGGCCAUUGAGCAUGAAGUUAGGAUUCACAAUUUCUUGGAGAAAACAAAAAAGUCCCAGAGAAAGGGAAUUUCAGCUGAGAGUCCUGAAUCUAUGACCAAUGAGACAAUUAUACUAAGGAAACGUGUUCAGAAUUUGAUUAGAAGGAAAAGAGUUUCUGAGGCGCAAAAGCUGGUGAAAAAUGAUAAGUUUAAGUCUUGGGGUAGAGACACACAAGCUAAGCUGGGAUGUUGUCUCAUAGAAUUACUAACGGAAACAGCUUAUGUGCAACCUCCGGUUAGUCAGUCAACUGAAAAUCCACCAGAUUUUCGACCAGCAUUUAGGCAUACUUUCAAAAUUGCAACAAAUGAGGCAGGGCAGAACCCUGUCAAGAGGUACGGAGUUAUAGUGUGUGAUCCGGUGAUCCAUUGUGGACUUGAUAGAAGUGUUAACCACAUGAUGGUUCCUUAUGUGCCAAUGCUGGUGCCACCAAAAAAGUGGAAAGGGUAUGAUAAAGGUGGUUAUUUGUUCUUACCUUCAUAUUUAAUGCGUACUCAUGGGUCUAGGCAGCAACAAGAUGCUAUUAAAUGUGCUCCUGUGAAACAAAUGCAGAAAGUGUAUGAGGCCUUAGAUACGUUGGGAAACACCAAAUGGAGAGUGAACAGACGAAUUCUGAAUGUGGUUGAGACUGUUUGGGGAGGAGGUGGCAACAUUGCUGGCCUGGUAAACCGCAACGAUGUUCAUAAACCUGAAUUGCACUCUGAUGCGGUGGAAGAAAUCAAAAAAUGGAAAUGGAACAUGAGGAAAGCAAAAAAAAUCAACCAAGAGAGGCACUCACAGCGAUGUGACAUUGAACUCAAGCUUUCUGUGGCUCAUAAAAUGAAAGAUGAGGAUGGUUUUUAUUAUCCCCACAAUCUGGAUUUUCGGGGCCGUGCAUAUCCUAUGCAUCCACAUUUGAAUCAUCUGAGUUCUGAUCUAUGUCGAGGGCUCCUGGAGUUUGCAGAAGGACGGCCUUUAGGAAAAUCUGGAGUGUAUUGGCUUAAGAUACAUCUAGCAAAUCUUUAUGGAGGGGUUGUCAAAAAGCUUUCCUAUGACCAGCGCCUAGCUUUUGUGGAAAAUCACCUGAAUGAAGUUUUAGAUUCAGCAGAUAAUCCUCUCAAUGGAAAUCGCUGGUGGUUAAAGGCUGAGGAUCCUUUUCAGUGCUUAGCAGCUUGUAUGAACCUAUCAGAAGCCUUAAAGAGCUCAUCACCACAUACUGUCAUCUCUCACCUGCCCAUCCACCAGGAUGGUUCAUGCAAUGGUCUACAGCACUAUGCAGCUUUGGGGAAAGACAGUAUGGAAGCUGCUGCAGUCAAUUUAAUUGCUGGAGAUAAACCUGCAGAUGUUUAUUCUGAAAUUGCUGCAAGGGUUCAUGAUAUUAUAAGACUAGACAGUGAAAAGGACCCUACAAUUGAUCCCAAUGCUACAAUAGCCAAACUCUUAGUUGAUCAGGUAGACAGGAAACUGGUGAAGCAGACGGUCAUGACAUCGGUAUAUGGUGUCACUUAUGUUGGGGCACGUGAACAAAUCAAAAGAAGGUUACAGGAGAAGGGUCUGAUUACUGAUGAUAGGUUGCUGUUCAGUGCAGCUUGCUAUGGUGCUAAGGUGACAAUGGCUGCACUUGGUGAGCUGUUUCAAGCAGCACGUGGUAUAAUGGUUUGGCUUGGUGACUGUGCCAAGGUGAUUGCUUCAGAAAACCAACCUGUGCGCUGGACAACGCCACUGGGUCUCCCAGUUGUGCAACCAUACUUUAAAUCUCGGCGGCACAUUAUAAAAACUUCGCUUCAGGUUCUGGCAUUGCAGCGUGAGGGUGAUUCAGUUGAGGCUAGAAAACAGAGAACUGCUUUUCCUCCAAAUUUUGUGCACUCAUUGGAUAGUACUCACAUGAUGAUGACCGCAAUUGCUUGUAGAGAUUCUGGAUUGCAAUUUGCAGGGGUACAUGAUUCCUUUUGGACGCAUGCGUGUGAUGUUGACAAGAUGAACCAGAUACUGAGAGAGAAAUUUGUGGAGCUUUAUAGCAUGCCAAUACUUGAAAAUUUGCUUGAAAACUUCCAUACAUCAUAUCCAACAUUGACCUUUCCUGCUCUACCAAAAAGAGGUAACUUUGACUUGCGUGAAGUACUCAAAUCACCAUACUUCUUCAACUGAGGGGUUGAAAUGAAACUGGACCUUAUAUGUGGGAGAAAGCUCAAAUGGAGCAACUGCCCAUAUAGAGAACCGGGGGCAUGCCAGACAGUGACAUGUGAAUAAUCAGGGAAUUUAAUUGGGGACAUGCUGGUGAUCCUCUUAUCUCCUGAAGGAGAUCUGCAUUUCUUCCUUCUAUGCAGCAGAUGCUAAAUCCCUAUGUCAAACUGGAUUGGUUCUUAAACUCAGCAGGGAUACUGCUGACAGCUAUGACACAAAGAAUUUGGUGAUUCCAUAAGUGGGGAGGAUGAGCUUUAGUUUCAUGUACUUCAGGUUCCCUAAAGAGAAUUGCUGGCUUUCUCGCAUACAUGCAAGUAUAUUGAAACUUGUAGCAUAUGUCUGCUGUAAGCACAGAAGAGCUUUGCGUGUACGGAGGCAAAUGGAGCAAAACUUUUUUGACAACAAAUCAACUUUCAUCAACUGUCAUUGAUCCACCAUGUUUUAUAUUCUGUUGGUCCUGCAAUGAGAUAACCAGGGAAUGGAGCAAAUGAGCAAGAAAAAUGCCUCCGGUUCUGCUUUUGACGGCUGGAAGCUGGUGGUUCAAGAAUCAGGUUUGAUGUUGCAAGUGCUGUAUACAUAUCCUGACUGACCAUUAGUUAUCAUUACUUACCAUGCUGCUGUAGUAUAGGAAUAACAAAUGCAGUAAUCCUAUAGCACUAAAUCAUACUCUGUAUCUUUAGAUGUUUAGAAAGAAUUCAUUGGUUGCAGUAA